AUGUUCAGACGGCCGAAUUUACAUAGACAUUAUUUUCUGUUUAGUUUACAAUCAAAAUCGAUCGACUCUUGUCAAUUCAUCACAUUUCAUAUGAAAAAUUUUUAUUUAAAUUGGAUAACAUAUUUAUUUUUGUUAAUGGGUUUUGCUGUAACUACUGCUUCUACUAUCAGUUGUUCAUGUGACUAUAGUGAAUCGUCAUCGAGUAUGGUUUGUAAAAAUAUUCAAAGUCUUAAUCAUUUACAACAAUGUAUAAAUGAUCAAUUAGCAUUAUUAACUCAUACCGAACAUCGACGUGGAUAUUUAAUGACAAAUUUAACAGUUACACAACAUCAUUUAAGAGUAAUCACUGAUAAAUGGUUUGAAUUUACAUAUAACAAUAAUCAAUAUAAAUUGUCAAGUUUAAGAUAUUUAUAUGUGAAAAAUGGACAACUAAAUCAAAUUGAAAAUGAGGCAUUUCAAACAAUUGGAAGAAGUUUAGAUUUAUUAGAUUUAUCAUAUAAUGAUUUCAGGCAAAUACCAUUAACAAAUAUCACAAUACCAACACACACGCCAUUGAGCAUAUUGAUAUUAUCACACAACAAAAUUAAACGAUUGGAUGUAAAUGAUCUGAAAAAUUUUCUCAAUAUAAAUCGUUUAGAAUUAUCCUAUAAUAAAUUAGAAUAUGUUGAUAUUAAUAUCAUAAGAAAUUUAUCAAAAUUAAAAGUAUUUUAUAUUAAUAAUAAUUCAUUACGUACAUUAUCACCAUCAUCAAAUAACGAUAAUAAUAAUAAUUUUACAUUAACAGAUAAUUUUCGUUUGAAACUUAGCGGAAAUCCUUUGGAAUGUGAUUGUCAUUUAAGAUGGUUAAGAACAAAUUUAAAUCGUUUAGAAUAUCCUGUUUAUAGUGAUGAUCCCGUAUGUGAAAUGCCAAAAGCAUUAAGUGGUAAAAAAAUUCAAUCAUUACGUGAAGAACAAUUUGUAUGUGGACCAAUUAUUACAAAACCAAAUUUAACGCUACUUGUAGCAUCAUCCGGUCAAAAAGCAACAUUAAGAUGUGAUGUUUAUUCUGAUCCUGCGCCCGAUGUUUGGUGGACAUAUCAAAAUCGAGUAAUUAGUAAAAUAACAUCACCGGAUAACGAAGAACAUCAUUUUGGUCCAUAUACUCUUAAAUGGCAAUGUAUUCGAAAUAAAUUAGAUCAAUGUUUAAACAAAACUUCAACGUUAACAAUAACAGAUAUCGGUAUUGAACAUAAUGGUACAUACAAUUGUGUAGCGGCUAUUAAAAAUCAAGAACGUAGUGAUAAUGAUUAUCUAUCGUAUGAAUUACGUGUACAUCGUGUAUCUAUCGUUAAUAAUACAUCACUUUUAUUAUGGAUAAUUGUCUUAUUAGCAUUUAUAUUUGCAUUGAUUGUUUUAUUUAUUUGCAUUUGUGUCUUAGUACGUUGUCAUCGUUCAAAAAAACAACAGGCCGAAAGAAAUAAAGCAUUAUUAUUUGAUAAUAAUAGUUUAUUAAAUGGACAGCCAAAUGGAAAUGGUGGUAUAAGUGGUAUAGAUGGAAUAGUUUAUAAAGAAAAAGAUGAUAAUAGUUUUAUAACAAAUAAUUCAUAUGAUCAUUAUGAUAUGAUUAAUAGUCAUACUCAUUUGGGUCCGCCAAUGUACAGUGAAUUGCCAAUAGAAUCGACACCUUUGAAAAGUAUUGGCGGUGGAUCAAUAUCGUCAACGUUACCAUUACAUUAUCAUGAUGGUUUAAGACAUUAUCAUCAUGGUCAACAACAAGCUGAUCCACAUGAUAGAUUAUAUGAUAGUUAUAGAUCUGAUAGACAAUUGUAUGAACAGAUUUCUCGUCCAUCUCCUCUAGAGCCCAUAGUUGUCGAUGAGUUUGAAGAUGAAAUGAUAUUUCCGAGUGGUUAUGAAGAAGACUAUGAGUAUCGUGAAGAUAUUUGUAAACCAAAUCAAAAUCCCGAUCCAAGACGUCAGAAACAAAUGAAUAAUAACACUAAUAAUCGUGUAAAAUCAUCGACUAACCAAAAUACGACUAUAAAUGAUAACGCAACACCAUUAGGUGUCGUUAAUGUAUUGUCGACUACUAAUAACAAAUUAAUAUUAUCACCAACAACAACAACCAUACCAUCACAACAAAAAUCGACUACAUCAACAAUUUUAUUACCACAUCAACAUCAGAAUGAUAUACGUCCAUCAAACAGUUUUGAAAAUUAUAAAUUUGAUCGAUCAGAAUCACAAUAUGCUGGAUUAUCAGAAACACAAUUGUAA